AUUUGGUCGGAUGUCCCGCCCUUUGACUGUUCUGCAGCCGAUGCGGGGCAGUGCUAGCUAUGGCGGCUGUAACCGAUGUGCAGCGGCUGCAGGCCCGAGUGGAGGAGCUGGAGCGCUGGGUGUACGGACCAGACGGGUCGCGCGGUUCCCGGAAGGUGGCUGAUGGCCUGGUUAAGGUGCAGGUAGCUUUGGGGAACAUCGCCAGCAAGAGGGAGAGGGUGAAGAUUCUGUACAAAAAGAUUGAAGACCUGAUCAAAUACCUGGAUCCGGAGUACAUUGACCGCAUUGCCAUACCUGAUGCCUCUAAGCUGCAGUUUAUCUUAGCAGAGGAGCAGUUUACCCUCUCCCAGGUUGCACUCCUGGAGCAAGUGGAGGCUUUGGUGCCCAUGCUGGACAGCGCUCACAUCAAAGCCGUUCCUGAGCAAGCAGCCCGCCUGCAGCACUUGGCCCAGAUUCACAUCCAGCAGCAGGACCAAUGUGUGGAGAUCACUGAGGAGUCCAAGGCUCUCCUGGAGGAAUACAACAAGACUUACCUAUUACACACCGGACGAGUCUCCGUGGACACGCCCCUGGGACCCUGCGGCCUGGAGUCACCAGUGGUUGGGGCCCGAUUUCCCUAUCCCUAUCCCAUCCUGCGCAGGAGCCAGAGUGAGCCGUGCACACGAACUGAUUUGGUCCCCGAUGACCCCCCCCCUCCGCCCCCAUGGCUUGCCAGUGCCCACAGAAUAAGGUCGAAGCUCAGAACUCGGUGACCCAGGCUCUCGCCUGAGCAGCAGCGGCCAUUCCAAACGGAACCCCUUGCUCUUGUGCUAAGUAACACUCGCAGCUUCGCCUUUGCUGUGGCGUGCUCAACUGGUAACACCAGCCCUGCCACCUUCCAAGGGCCAAAGC